AUGGGAAAAUACAUGAGAAAAGCUAAAAUAGGAGGUGACGUAAGCGUGAUGGAACUCUCACAAUCUACCCCCGGUGUAAGAACCCGGGCCAAAACCCUAGCCCUUCAACGUCUUCAAUCCUCCUUCACAGCUGCCACCGCCGCGCAGUCAAAGCCUGAGUCGUGUUACCUCCAGCUUCGUUCACGCCGACUCGAGAAACCGGUUUUUUCGAGACACCAACAGAUUUCCCAAAAAGGGUCUGCGCAGAAACAGGGGUUUAGUUGCGGAGAAAAAGAGGACCCGGAAUUUGAAGUUUUAUGUGAGGAGGAGUAUUCCGGGUCGGAUUCAAUUGGCAUGGCUAAGAAAGAGGAGACGUGCUUUGAAAUGGAAAACAGAGAGUGGGAUACAGGGGAUAUUGAAAUUGAGGCCUCUUUUGGUGAAAAUAUUUUGGAUUGGGAAGCUAGAGAAAGGAGCACUAGGGAAAGCACACCAUGCAGUUUGAUUCAGUCUGUCGGCACAGUCUUGACUCCUGGCUCGACCACAAGACGGACGAGUCCCGAGGCAGCGAUUCAAAGACCCCAGGAUGCCAUUCUCAGAAACUUUCCUACAGCACAUGAGGUGGAGGAGUUUUUUGCCCGUGCUGAGCAGUCGCAGCAGAACCUUUUUAUGGAAAAGUAUAAUUUUGAUGUUACGAAUGAUGUACCCCUCUCGGGACAGUACGACUGGGUGAGAGUGAUGCCUUGA